GCCGGAAGUGGGAGGGCGUAGUCCCUCCCCUCCGUCCCGCCGGAAACCCGAGCUCCGGAAGAGAGGUUCCGGGCCGGCCUGGCCUGGCGGUGGCCCAAUGGAGACCGACACUGAGGACCAGCGAUCGGCCAGGCACCCGACGCUGGCCUCUUCCUGGGACGCCGCGUGCGGGGCCCUGGACCGGAGCCUCCGUGUCCUCAGAGCAGGUGCCCUGAGCGCCACAUUCAAUAGGAAGCCAUUCCGGGGGCCGAGCAAGAUCUGCGACCUGGUGAUUCUGAGAAGGAGCCAGAAGAGCCCAGAUGAAAAGCCCUGCUUCCUCUCCCUGAGCUGUGACCCCAGUGGAGGUGAAGGAAUCGUUUCUGUUGGCAUUUUAAGUUCAGCAAGAAAUAUGGAAGUGUACUUAGGAGAGGAGUACUGUGGCACCAGUAGGGGCAGGAGUGUUGGUAAUGUGCUGGAUACCAGUGAACAUGAAAAGAUUAUUUUGUACAAAAAAUGUCUAAAAUUGGAGUCCGCUGCACAUGCUUGUAAAAUAAAGGUAAGUCAUUGUCAUUCCGCGUGGCCGGGACACGUCCCCACGCCCAGCGAAGGCGGCCUUGGUGGCGGGAUGGGAGAGCCGCCCGCCUGCUCCUACUUGGAAAAGAUUCUGUCCAAGAACCUGGAGCUGAUGGAGAGGAGGCUGACGGACUACCUGGACGAGCGGCUGCGCGCCCUGCAGGAGCACGUGGAUGGCAAGGUGGCGCUGCUGGCCCACCUGCUGCAGACACACCUGCUGCAGAGCCCCGGCUCCCCGCCCCCGCCCCCGGGGAUGCCGCUCACGCGCUAUGACUCUGGGGACAGACUCUCCAACGGAGAGAGAUAGGCGCUCCCGUGCGCCGUGCAUGCAGAUAUUUAUUACCUAUUUAUUACAACGCGACCCAAAGCUCCGAGCCAGUGUCGAUGUCAUUGGAGGAUCAGCAUCCUACUCGCAUCAAGUGACCUCAGCGUUCAUCCCUGUGCUUGUGGCGUGACCCCCGUGACGUGACCCCCGGGCUGCAUGAGAGUGGGUGACCUUCCCUGUGCUUGUGGCGUGACCCCCGUGACGUGACCCCCGGGCUGCAUGAGAGUGGGUGACCUUCCCUGUGCUUGUGGCGUGACCCCCGUGACGUGACCCCCGGGCUGCAUGAGAGUGGGUGACCUUCCCUGUGCUUGUGGCGUGACCCCCGUGACGUGACCCCCGGGCUGCAUGAGAGUGGGUGACCUUCCCUGUGCUUGUGGCGUGACCCCCGUGACGUGACCCCCGGGCUGCAUGAGAGUGGGUGACCUUCCCUGUGCUUGUGGCGUGACCCCCGUGACGUGACCCCCGGGCUGCAUGAGAGUGGGUGACCUUCCCUGUGCUUGUGGCGUGACCCCCGUGACGUGACCCCCGGGCUGCAUGAGAGUGGGUGACCUUCCCUGUGCUUGUGGCGUGACCCCCGUGACGUGACCCCCGGGCUGCAUGAGAGUGGGUGACCUUCCCUGUGCUUGUGGCGUGACCCCCGUGACGUGACCCCCGGGCUGCAUGAGAGUGGGUGACCUUCCCUGUGCUUGUGGCGUGACCCCCGUGACGUGACCCCCGGGCUGCAUGAGCGUGGGUGACCUUCCUUGUGCUUGUGGCGUGACCCCCGUGACGUGACCCCCGUGACGUGACCCCCGGGCUGCAUGAGCGUGGGUGACCUUCCUUGUGCUUGUGGCGUGACCCCCGUGACGUGACCCCCGGGCUGCAUGAGAGUGGAUGACCUUCCCUGUGCUUGUGACGUGACCCCGUGCCCGAGUGUGAGUGUGAUCGGGUCAGGAGUUAUUUUUGUUUGCAGAGUUCAUACUUCUGUGUUUAAAUCUUUAAAAUAUUUAAGGAUUUCUGCUAUAGUUCUUUGGUGUGUAUUGUGUAUGUAUUUGAAGUAUGCACUGUUUUAAUUUAUGUAAAGACCUUAUAUUUUAGGGAUAUGGGGAGAAUGGUUAGAGUAUUUUGGUUUUUGUUUUCCUAAUUGAUUGUUCUUGGAAAACCAGGCACUUAAGACUUGCAGCCUUUAAUUUCAGAUCACGGGUUAUAUUUUAUAUUGUUCUUCUCAGUAAGAAAUUAGUUGUGUUUGGCAUUUGUAAAAUUAGUGUCCAUUGGGGCCAUUCGUUUUAUGUUCUUUCUUAUUGUGGCUGUGGAAGGAAAGUAAAAUCAAAACUGGCCUCUUU